AUGCUGACGAGGGCAAAUGGAGCAACGUAUUGGCUAGCCGUGAAGCCGUUCGGAACUUUCUUCCACAUUUACUCCGCAGCAAAUGGGCCGGUCGAUAGGAAAGAUGUGCAACGAUUUUUACUGCAAGCUUUGGCCCUAGGAAACGGAAUCGCUGAUAUGUUUACUUUUGACGAAAUUGGAGAGGAGGACCUGGAAAUUGUUACUGGUUGUUGGAGUUUCGGAUUGGAAGGGAGUAGAGAGGCUAUCAGAACGAGAAUACAACACUUAGCUAGCGUAGCGAUUCGCAGCGGCUCAGGAAACCUGGCCGGCUUUGCCAUGAUGAACCACGACGGCAUGAUUAUCGGUGUCAAUGUACUACCUGAAUAUCGAGGGCAGCGAUUACGGGAUGCUCUUUUCGCAAAACUUGCCCAUCAAACCCACGCAAAAUUUGGGUACUUAACAUUGGCGGCCGUCAGGCCA